GAAGUUUCGCAACAGCUUGAAAAGGAGAAGGAGGUCCUGAGAUCCGUGGACGGCCGGGCGACCGCCUCCGAGAUGGUGGGCCAUGCCGCUGCCCUGGCCUCGCACCACGCCAAGCAGGCUGCCCUGGAUGCUGGCAAGCUGCCUCCCGACUUGAAUCAAAACCAAGUCUUCUUUGAGAGGGAAGUUUAA